UAGUGUUCUCAGUUUCAAAUAUGGCUUCUUCUUCUUCUUCAUCUUCAUCCACUACUGCAUGGGUGUAUGAUGUUUUCUUGAGUUUUAAAGGAGAGACACGAAAAUCUUUUACUGAUCACCUCUAUGAAGAUUUGUGUCAGGCUGGAAUUAACACCUUUCGGGAUGAUGAAGAAAUUCGAAAAGGUGAGAACAUCUCUGCUGAGCUAUUGAAGGCCAUCGAGGGGUCCAAGAUAUCCAUCAUCCUAUUUUCCAAAACAUAUGCUCAAUCCAGAUGGUGUCUUGAUGAACUGGUGAAGAUUCUAGACUGUAAGAAAAAUUUGCAACAGGUGAUUCUGCCUAUAUUCUACAACGUUGAUCCUUCAGAGGUUCGUAAACAAACAGGUGAAUUUGGUAAGGCGUUGACUCAACAUCGACAACGAUUUGAUGAUCAAAAAGUUGAUGAGUGAAAAAUUGCACUCACUACUGUUGCUGAUUUAUCUGGAUGGGAUUUGCAAACCAU